AUGAAGGGUACCUUUGCUUCGCUUGCUGUGGUGGCCUUUGCCGUCAUCCUCCUCUGGCCCAACGACUCGUUCCGUAUCUUCAGCAACGGUGACAAGCCUGGGUUUGUGGAUCUGUUCUCGACGUUUGAGGACGGCGCUGUCAAGGCGUCGUGGGACACGUACCAUGCGGACAUCACGUCCGAGGGCAAGAACGACCGUGACGAGAACCCUGCGAUGAUUUCUUCGUUCUACAACAUUGUGUCUGACUGGUACGAGUACGGCUGGGGCCAGAGCUUCCACUUUGCGCACACCAAGACUGCCGAGUCGCACGACGACUCGAUCCGGCGGCACGAGGAGCGGAUCGCUGACGUGAUUGGGCUCAAGCCCGGACUCACUGCGCUCGAUGUCGGGUGCGGCGUGGGCGGGCCGGCGCGCGCGAUUGCGUCGCACUCUGGCGGCAACGUGCAGGGCAUCACCAUCAACGAGUACCAGGUGGCCAAGGCCAACAACUACGCCAAGGAGAUGGGUCUCGCCGAGCGCGUGCACGUUGUGCAGGGCGACUUUCUGGAGAUGCCGUUUGAUGCCGACAAGUUUGACGUGGCGUACGCCAUCGAGGCCACUUGCCAUGCGCCCAAGCUCGAGCUCGUCUACGGCGAGGUCUUCCGGACGCUCAAGCCCGGCGGCGUGUUUGCGUCGUACGAGUGGCUGACGACGCCCAACUACGACUCCAACAACGAGGAGCAUGUGCAGGCCAUCAAGGACAUCGAGUACGGCAACGCGCUCCCGCCGAUCCGCUCGUUUGAGGACGUCAAGGCCGCGGCCGAGGCUGUCGGCUUUGAGGUCAUCUCGGACGCAGACCUUGCCCAGGACGUCGGCACCACCGACGUCCACGAGAUGCUCCUCACUGCCGUCGACGGCCUCGUCCACGGCGGCAAGCUCAACGUCUUUACCCCGAUGCACCUUGUUGUCAUGCGCAAGCCUGUCACCGCUUAA